AUGCAUCCUCUCGACCCUCUGACUGCGGCCGAAAUCACGGCAACGGCCAAAAUCGUUCAAUCCGUCAACCCAAAGGGCUCAGUGCAUUUCAAGAAUAUUUCUCUACUCGAGCCGGCCAAGCGUGAGCUGCGCAGAUACCUUGCUGCAGAACGCAGCAAUGACCCUGUCUCGGCCCUGACGCGUCGUGCAUCGUCACUGUACUACCACCGCGGCACCACAGAUUUGUUUCUUGCAGUCAUCAACCUCACAGCCUCUUCAGUCGAGAAGAUCGAAAAGCUAGAGGAAGGCUACCAUGGCCAAGCGGAUAUGGACGAAGUCCUCGAAGUGAGAGCAAAAUGUCUAAGUAACCCUAAAGUCUUGGAGAGGAUUCGGCAGUAUGGGCUGUCGGAUGAAUUGGAGGUUGUGUGUGAUACGUGGCCGUAUGGAAGGGACACCGAUGAUUUUACGAGGCGAUUGGCUCAGUGCUACCUCUACGCAAAAUACAAGUCCCACCCCGGCUCAAACGCGUAUGAUAAUCCGCUCCCCUUCUCGCCCAUCAUCGACUAUGUCACAAAAGAGUUGGUUGAUAUUAUUGAUUUGCCACUCGGUGACGAUCACGGUGUCACGCCAGACGUGGAAUAUACCCAUCACGAGCCACGAGAAUGGCAUCAUGAUCUCCACUCGCAACCGAAACGCACCGAUCUCAAGCCUCUGACUGUCCAUCAACCCCAAGGCGCUUCUUUUCAUGUCGACGGCCAUCUUGUGACAUGGCAAAAAUGGAGGUUCAGACUUGGCUUCAAUUGGCGUGAGGGCAUGUUGUUGCAUGAUGUCACUUACGAUGGCCGCGAGCUUUUCCAUCGUCUCAGUCUGAGUGAAAUGUUUGUGCCGUAUGGGGAUCCGCGAACACCGUAUUCACGAAAGAGUGUCUUUGAUGUUGGUGAUAUCGGUGCUGGCGUUGCAGCAAACAAUCUUGCUUUGGGGUGCGAUUGUUUGGGAUUGAUCAAGUACUUCUCCUUUACAAUCAGCGACUCAAACGGCAACCCGGUGCCCAAACCAAACGCAGUCUGUAUGCACGAAAUCGACGACGGAAUAGGCUGGAAACACACUGACGGGGCCUCAAAGCAAGUCUCCAUCGUCCGCUCGCGCGUCUUGGCGCUGCAGACCAUCAUCACAGUGGGAAACUACGAGUACAUAUUCAUGUGGCACUUUGACCAAGCCGCUGCACUACAUUACCGAAUUCAGGCGACUGGCAUUCUGUCUACUGUACCGAUUACUCCAGGAGUGACGGUGCCAUGGGGCACAAACGUGAACGAAGGCGUCAUGGCGCCUUAUCAUCAACACGUUUUUGCUUUACGGAUUGAUCCAGCGCUGGACGGCGAUAAAAAUAGUUUCGUGGAGGAAGAUUCUAUUCCGUUGCCGUUUGAUGCGUACAAUUAUGCUGGCGUGGGAUACAUCACGAAACAGAAAGUCAUCGCGACAUCAGGCUAUUCAGAAGCGCAGCCGAAUCGAGUACACAAGAUCAUCAAUCCGUCCAUCAUCAACAAGGUUUCUGGAAAGCCAGUUGCAUAUUCGGUGCAUAGCGCGCAAAAACAAAUGCUUCUCGCUCAUCCGCAAUCUUGGCACGGUCGACGAGCGAAAUAUGCCUUGCAACCGUACUGGGUUACUUCAUACAAAGAUGGCGAGCUGUACGCUGCGGGCGAUUAUACAUACCAAUCCCUCCCCACCGAUGUUCUGCACGGCAGCUCGCUCCCCAAAAAGGGAGACGUCGCGACAUGGGCCGCCCGAAACGAUAAUGUCGACAACGAGGAUAUUGUGUUGUGGCACUCUAUCAGCUUGACGCAUAACCCGCGUCCGGAAGACUAUCCCGUUAUGCCGUGUGAGACGAUGACAGUCAGUCUAAAGCCGAGUGGGUUUUUUGAGUAUAAUCCUGCGCUAGAUGUACCACAAAGUACUCAACGACAAAAUCAAAGUAUGCUGUAUGAAGAGGCGCAGAACAUAGCGACGAAGAAGGCGGAUGCUUGUUGUCAGUCUCGGCUUUAA